UCCCUCUAUCUGGAUGGCUGUGACUAAUUCCAAUUGUGCAACGUAUAGCCUAUAAAUGACCGUGUGCCAUAUAAAAAGGAUAGUUCAGAUCAUCUUUUUGGCUUUGAAUACGUGGAAAUUAGAGCAAGCUGGGUGAGUAUUGAGCUCCCGACCAGUGGUGCAUUUCAUUUGUGCGCGUGUUUUCACGUGUCAACAGUGGGCGCUUCACUGCCUCUGUACAACGGGUCUGGAGCAAGGGGAUGCGCAGAAUGUAAAUCUCAGCUCAGAGGUCUCUCUGUCUCACUCUCCGUCCAGACUGGCAGCAUUUCCUGGGGUGUCUUCGUUGUUGAAAGACUAGACCAAAGCACCUGUGAUUGAGUACAGUUGGCAUCCCGACUUCGGAGCUGGAGCCCUGUGACUCCUGAGCUAAUUGCGUGGGUGCUUCGGGGAUUACAACGAGGAGCAUCUCCUCCAAGCCAAGACGAGAGACGGACUUGCGGGGCUCUUUACGAGAAGUGUGGUGCUGCGAUUCCGUGGACCAGCGUUUAUCCGCAAACUCUCGUUGGGAUCCUGAAUAAGAGAGCCACGGCUCUUAUGAAAAUGUUUAUUCUUUAGGAAAAUACAUAUAGACAAUCGAUAAAUACCACUGAUGUAUGUCAUUUGGACAGUGGAAUCAAUUAAAUAGACUAGCCUGCUAUUUUCUCUGGUCGUCCAAUUCCUUGAAGAGGAAAAGCAGCAUUCUGUUUAAUAACUCGAUCAAAGAUUCUCGUAUUCAGGGGAGAACAUUCCAUUCACAAGCAAUUGGAUGAGAGUCUUAUUUGCCCUUGGCAACGGAAGAUGAUGUUACUAUGGAAACAACUUGUGCUGCUAUCAAUCAUUGGUUGCCUUGCAGCUCAUGCACAAGAUGUCCUGUUCCAAGGGCCAAGAUGGAGGACAGAGCCCAGUGACCUCAUUCUCCCCAUCAACUUCCCUGACCAGGAAGCUACCAUUAGAUGUGAGGCAGAGGGGAACCCCACCCCACAGUACAGAUGGUCGCUUAACGGAACACUCAUUGAUCUGGGGAGUGACUACCGGCGUCACAUGUCUGGGGGCAACCUGAUCGUUAACCGUCUGGACAGGGACCAAGACACGGGGAUAUACCAGUGCACUGCCUUCAACACAUGGGGGACCAUCCUCAGCCGCAGAGCCACUCUGAAAUUUGCAUACCUAGAUAACUUCAAGACCCAAACGACACGGAGUGCUGUCAGUGUCCGAGAGGGCCAAGGAGUUGUUUUGUUAUGUGGACCACCCAUGCAUUCUGGAGAGCUGACAUUUGCAUGGAUCUUCAAUGAGUACCCAUACUUUGUUCAGCAAGACAGACGUCGAUUCAUCUCCCAGGAGACAGGGAGUUUGUACAUUGCUAAAGUGGAGCCUUCUGAUGUGGGAAACUAUACCUGUGUGGUCAACAACAGCAUCACUAAGGGGAAAGUCCUCAGCUCUCCUACACCACUGGUCCUGAGGAAUGAUGGAGCAAUGGGUGAAUAUGAACCCAAAAUAGAAGUUCAUUUCCCUGACACUGUUCCAGCUGCGAAGGGAUCCACGGUGAAACUGGAAUGUUUCGCUCUGGGAAACCCAGUCCCAGAAAUAAGUUGGAGGAGAACCAGUGGCGUCCCGUUUCCCAGUAAGGUGAAGAUGAAGAACUCCAACGCAGUCCUUGAAAUUCAAAAUUUCCAGCAGGAAGACACUGGGACGUAUGAGUGUGUGGCAGAAAAUAGCAGAGGCAAAAACGCUGCACGAGGUCGUAUCUCCUUCCAUGCGAAGCCCCAUUGGCUCCAGACAAUGAUCGACGGGGCCCUGUCCAUUGAGGAGAAUCUGUUCUGGGAGUGUAAGGCUAACGGGAAGCCCAAGCCCUCCUACAGCUGGCUGAAGAAUGGAGACAACCUAAUGGCAGAGGGCCGGAGACAAAUUGAAAACGGGGCUCUCUCCAUAGCAGCAUUAAACCUGUCAGACACCGGGAUGUAUCAGUGUGUGGCUGAAAACAAACAUGGCAUUAUUUAUUCCAGCGCUGAGCUAAUGGUGUUAGCAUCACCUCCCAGUUUCUCCAAGAAUCCACUGAAGGCCCUGCUAAAAGCUCGCUCAGGCAGUGAUGUGGCUUUGGAGUGCAAGCCCCAAGCCUCGCCCCGGGCAAUUAGCCUGUGGAAGAAAGGCAAUGAGAUCGUGCAGAGAAACGAGAGGAUUACUCUGCUCCCCAACGGGACACUGAAGAUUGCCAAUGUAACCAGGAGGGAUGCGGGAAGCUACACGUGCAUCGCUAAGAAUCCGUUUGGAACUGCAAGCACCACUGGAAGGCUGUUUAUCACAGAGCCCACCAGAAUCACCCAGCGGCCUGCUAACAUGGAGAUCAUUGUUGGCGAAAGUAUCGUGCUGCCCUGCCAGAUAGCCAGCGAUCCAGCCUUGGAUGUGUCUUUCUCCUGGGCCUUCAACGGGCAGCUCAUAGACUUCCAUGGGGAUGCCGACCAUUUCGACAGAGUAGGAGGGAGCAUCUCGGGAGAUCUGAUGAUUCGUAACAUCCAGUUGAAUCACGGGGGAAAGUAUGUCUGUGUUAUCAACACCGACGUGGAGAGCUUGUCUGCUUCAGCCAUCUUGGUUGUGAAAGGUCCCCCCGGGCCCCCGGACACUGUAGCGGUGGAGGAGAUCACAGAUAGCACAGCCCAGCUCUCCUGGAAACCUGGUAGGGACAAUGGCAGCCCUAUCACCGGCUACAUCAUCCAGGCCAGGACACCCUUCACUGUGGGCUGGCAAGCUGUAGACACAGUUCCCGAGGAAAUCAAUGGCAACACGUUGACAGCCACUGUAGUGGGUCUGAAUGCCUGGGUGGAGUAUGAGUUCCGGGUGGUGGCCCGCAACAGUGUGGGCAUGGGAGAGCCUAGUCCAGCCUCAGCCAAGACCAGGACAGAGGAUGCCAUGCCUGAUACAGCUCCCACUGAUGUUGGAGGCGGAGGCGGCACAAAAUCUGAAUUAGUGAUAACUUGGGAGCCCGUGCCUGAGGAACUGCAGAAUGGAGAGGGCUUCGGUUACAUCAUCGCCUUCCGGCCACUGGGUGCUGUCACUUGGACGCGAGUGGUCAUCUCCACGCCUGGGGUCGCCCGAUACGUCUUCCGGAACGACACCAUCCCGGCCUUCUCUCCGUUCGAUGUGAAGGUUGGGGCGUACAACAACCGCGGGGAGGGGCCUUUCAGUUCCAUAGCCACAGUGUUUUCAGCAGAGGAAGUCCCCAGUGAGGCUCCUAAGAGGGUUUGGGGCAGGAGUGUGUCUGCAGCUCAAAUUGAAGUGAUCUGGGAAGCCCUCCCUGCCACUCCUGAAAGAGUGCUGGGUUAUGAGGUGGUGUAUUGGGAAGAUGACACCAAGCCUGACACAGUAGGCAAAGUGAGAAUCUCUGCUAACUACUCAGCAGUCAACGUGACUGGACUGAAAGCCAACACACAGUAUUACUUGGCUUUGUGUACCUUUAACACUGCUGGGACAGGGCCACAGUCUACACCCAUAAAUGCCACCACCAAGAAGCCACCACCUGGCCAGCCUCCUCUGAACGUAGAGUGGACCAUGAUUGGCUCUCUGCUCACUCUGCACUGGGAUCCUGUCACAGCCAUGGAGACGGAGGCAGAGGUCAUCGGAUAUCUUGUGCUGUUGAGAAGACACCGGGAUAAUGAGGUAAACAGCAUCAUGACAAACAAAACCAGGUUGGAGCUGACGCUGUCUUCCAACGACAACUACCUGAUCCAGAUCAAGGCCCUGAGUGAGGGCGGUGAAGGUGUGGGCAGCGAACCCAUCCACAUCCACAAAUUAAGCAUGGGCGCACAGGGCUCGGGAGCGUCUCGGCUUAGUCUGCUGUCGCCGUCUCAUCUCUCUGCAGUCCUCGUCAGUGCUCUCAUCCUCCUCAGCUCCUCCUGGUGAUGUCUGGUCACAGCCCUCCUACCGACCCUCCUCUCUCUCCCUCUCCUCUAGGAGGCUGCUCCUGCAUUCACCCUCAGUCGGAAGGGGCAACGGGUGAAAACUCUCUGUGGCAGUGCUGGACAGAACAGGAAUUUUAAAAGGGCCAUGCAUUGAGGAUUUCAAUAACGGGCCGAUAGAGAACGGGAAUUUGUGUGCAUUAUAUUUUACAGUAUUUCCUCUCAUGUCAUAAGUGCCGUCAUGCUGUAAAAACAUUUUGGAAGUGUUAUUUUGUUUUUGCCAAUGGAAUAUACUUCAAUUUGGGAGUAGUGAUGUCUACAUUCUAUAUGUUUGAUACUGAUCCUUGAAGAAUACUAAUGCCUUAAAUCCAUGUAGAUACCAAAGUAGUUGACGAAAAAAAAGGUUUCAUUGUCUUUAUUUCAUUCAUUUAUUGGUCUUUCAGUGGUAAUCUGAGGUUUAAAAAAAUGGUUUUUACCAGGUGGAGGUACAGUAUGUUCACAUACAUUUGUAAUUGUAGGGUUAGCUGCUCAAUGGAGAGAUGUGUUUUGGUUUAUAUGGGUCAGAUGGCCUUUGAUAUAGUAGCUAACUGUAGAUGGCAUUUUUGGAUUAUUAUAAUAAGAAGUUGAAGAAGUAGAACUUCAAAAAGUUAAAAAACAAUAUACUAACUAAGUUAUGCAGCUGACAACAUGCCCAGACUUAUUGUAAAUUGGCUACUAUGGCAUAUAAAACCAGUUUUACUUGGUGAACCGAAUCGAAAAAUAUUCUAUCAAGUGAUUUUUGUAACUGCAGCUAGAACCUUACCCUGUAUGUUUUGUGUUUUGAGCUUUGUUAACUCAUCAGGACCAGGGCUGGAUACUAGAUCGAUUACUUGUGCCUCUAGCCCACUCAUCCCAGCAUUGUGAAAUAGUAUUAGGCAUCUUACAGAGCUGCUGGCUAUUGAGCUUUAGACCCCCUCUAUACAACAAGCUGAUGGGACUUGGCAUUUUGGUCUGUAUCUCAAGCUCCUCUAAAUAAUUGAUGCAAAUCACAAUGAAUUCGGUGAAAUGUUAAGGUCCCAGAAGGAAUAGAAUCAUGUGGUGUUGCCACUUGUAAUAUUCUGCAUUCAAAUGACCUCUAAAUGCUAAAUAAGUCUUACCGAUUAUCCAGAAUUCAGAUCACCGGUCUGCAAAAUAUAUAUAAAGUAUACAUGUUUGAAUACAGGACAUAUUAGUGCCUUCACUGCACAUGCAUAUCUGUCAUAUUACAAAUUGAGGGACAUACCCAUUCUUUCUGGAUCAGUUUUUGGAAAUGAAUUAUCAGACGGAUAGAAACGAAGUAACUGAGUGGGGUGAAUGUGAAACCCCAUUCAUGGAAAUGGGUUGAUGAUUCCAAUUUUAAUUAUAUACUGGAACACCUGAUAUAACAAUGGGUUGAAAACUUUAUAGAAGUAGAGAUGGAUCCGACUGUAUGUAGUGUGGAAGUUUGGUCUACGUUUAUGGUCUGGUGAGAUCCUGUGAAUAAUACAUCUAUGAUUGGAUCUGCAGCACAAUUUAGCAGCUAUUAAAGCCUCUAAAUAAAUGAUGUAACGUUAAAGGAGCUUUGACUGGAAAUAAAGGAAAAAGGUUGGCUGCUGUCAUAAUGUCCCUCUCUGCACACAAUAAAGUACAUCCUGAGCUGCUAGACUAGACACAGUAACUGCUAAAGUACUUCGAUUAGCCUGAUGUUGAGUGAGAAACUGGUUCCUGUUCAUGUUGUUGUCUGAUGGGUCCUCCAUCAUAAGUCAUCAUUCUGGGGCCACUGGUGUAAGUUUGGACUUGGAGUAAACACUCGACUACUGCUAUAAAGAACCGUGCCUUCACUGAACUUGGGACUGAUUAGGGCUGGCUGAGCUAUGAUUACAUUGUUGUGAGACUGUCCCCGUCGUCUGCGUUUGCACUCAUUUCCCAAAGUCGAAUGAAAGCACAAGGAACUGAUCCAAGGUGACUGUGUGACUGUGUCCCUGCUCAGCCACCAGAACAGGUGUGCAGUCCCUAGAGGCCCGUAAAGCCCAAGCAGCGGACACAAUCAGCCUAUCUGCUCCUUCAGUGGUUUCAUAAAGGCCUGUGCUCUUUGAUUAGACUGCUGCAGCCCAGUCAAUAGGAUAUUGAUUUUCCUGCCCCGUUAUUGCAGCUGUCACAAUUCAGAUGCUUGAUUGACUGAUGCCGAGGCUUCCUGUUGCGCAUGUUUUUGUUGGGUACAGUUGGAGAUGUUGGAGAUGUCCUUCCCCACUCAAAGUUAAAAUCAUAAGAACACAAUGUAAUAUACAGUACAUGUUUGUUUUUAUUAAAUAAGAGCUGCUAUGAGAAACUGGUGUUUUAGGUAACAUCCCCCUACUAAGAACUUUUAACGGAUUCAAACGGCUCCACCUUCAUAAGUGAUCUUACUGACUUUCAUGUGAAAAUGAACAGCAUUUUGUUCCUCGUUAAAGCUGAAAUCCGCAUAAGGGAAAACAGCACCCCUGUUCGCCCCCGGCACAUUUGUUAUUGUUUUGUUUUUGAAACGGAGGAGAGGAGCAUCCAGCAUCGUAGUAAAAAAUAUCGAAACACAUACUCUGCUGUUCUAUUGUGCGUGCAAUGAGGUGCAAUGAGAAAACGGUGUUCGUUGUUUGAAGUAACUUUGUUGUCGUUAUAUCGCAAAUGGACAUGGCAGUUUCAUCAUUACGGAUUCCAGGUUUAAAGGUCAUGUGUUGGUUAAGAAAGGAAGCUAGUCAUUUUCCUUUGUCUUUUUGACUCUUCAGCCCUUUUUUUGAAAGAAAAAAAACGUCCAUCCUACGCUGAAGAUAUGCAUUGAUAUAGCAGUGAUAGCCUUUGCUUUUUCUCCAAAUGAUGAACAAUAGGCUUUUUAGGUGUCAAACUGUCUGUGGAUUAAGCCUGUGUAAUAAUACUACUAUAAAAAAAAGUACAGUGCAAUGUCAGUUCAUUUCAAGGUUAAAACCUUGUAACACAGUGUAUAAUACAAAUAGUGUAACUCGUAGACCUUAUCCUCAUUCCUGUACCCCAUCACCUGAUCAUUAUUUCUGUAUGCUGGUUAGUAGAAUAGUGUAUACUUACCAGUACACAUCCCACACACAGUGCUAGAGUAUGUGGAUUUACAAAUGAGUCCUUUAUCAAACUUGGCCAGACUAUCCUAUAAUCUACGUAGCUAUAGUUCUAAGUACUUGUUCCUUGCUGACUGUAAAAUAGAGGGGGAAAUGCUGUACCUUUUCUGGCCUUGUACUUUGUUAAUUCAUUCUAAAUGCAAUCUAAGACCGUUAUGUUAGCCAUCAGGUCAACUGAGUUUGAUUUUAAAGGAUUCAACUUGAUAUGAUAAACACUGAUUAUGGUUACUCAAAUAUUCGCUUUAGUUCUGACAAAUGUACUUGGUCUAAUGUAAAUAGCUUGCAUAUAUAUUUUUAAAGCUGGCCUACAAAGACAACCUACUGAUAUUUUAUACAACUUGUGGCCCUUGAUUUUAAUACUGAUAUUUAAUCCAUGAUCUCCAUGAGAUAACUGACCUAUAGAACUGCGUUUUCAUAUUGAAAACUAACUGUUUUGUCUUGUAUACUAAAAUUGUGCAUGUGAAUCAUUGUUUUGUGAGUUUGUGUUGAAUUUUCUAAAAUUGUAACUUAAUAAACUGUUAAAAUGUUUACUGCGGCAAGU